AUGUCACAAGAUUAAAAAGAAAAUAGUGAAAUUAAAGAUAAUUUAUUUUUAGAUUAAUAAAAUUAAAUAAAUUUUACAUCUCUAACUAAUACACAUAAUUUAAUUAAAGAGGAUAGCACUCUUUCAUCUAAAUAAUAAAAAAAUUAAAUAUAAUAAAAAGAAGAUAUUGAGUUUGUUGAUAUAUUAUAUCCUUAAAACUUGAAUUAAAUUGAUUUAAUUUAAAAAUUUAAUAAUUAUGAUAAUAGUGUUUAAAAUUUAAAUGUCUAAACACGUGAUCCUCCUUCUUUGUUAGCUUCUCCUUAUUUUUAAGGACAAAUAGAUAACUAAAUUUAAUCCGUUCCAUUAUAAUAGUCUUCUUCUAGCUCUUAAAUUUCAGAAAAAGAAAAUGUCGCUAGCGGCUUUUCCUAGAAUUACUGUUUCUAUAAAUAAUAUACUUUUGAUGAACAAAAAAACAAUUAACCAGAAAGCACGAUUUUUAAUAUGAUUCAAAAAGAUACUCAAAAUAUAGUUGAAUCAGAUCUAGAAAAGUUAAAAAUGAAUAGUUUUCCUAUUUUAUAAAAGAAAUCUACUGACGAAGAUGAUGAAGAUUUGAUAAAAAUUUCAUCUGAUAUAAACAAUUUAGAAUAAUAAAAGGAUAAAAGUAAAUUAGAUAUAAUUAUGCACACAAAUAAAAUAAAGAUCAGCAAAAUUAAUAUGGAUAAAACUAUUCAUUAAUAAAUUAGUUUUAAUCCUAAGCAAGAAGAGUUUUUUAAUGAAGCAUAAUAAUUUAAUUAAACAGUUUCAACAUCGAGAGUAUUAAUAGAAUGUAAAAGAAUAAAAUAUUAAUUAAUAUUUUAAGAGUGA